GGGCCGCCCGGACAUCCAGUGGAGCAACUUGGACCCUCUGCAGCUGAUGGAGGAGCUGGGGCAGUUCACGUCCCUAGAAGGCUUCAAAGAGCUGCUGGACAAGGCAGAGGUGGGGCAGGCUUACAUGGAGCGGCCCUGCCUGGACCCCUGGGACCCCCAGUGCCCCCCCAGUGCCCCCAACAAGCAGAGCCAGCAGAGCCCCGACAUCCCGGCUGAGCUCUCGGGGGGCUGCCACGGCUUCUCCAGGAAGUUCAUGCGCUGGCAGGAGGAGCUGAUUUUAGGCGGCACGACCAAAGACUCCCAGGGCAAGCUGCUACGUGCUGAGGCCUUGCAGACCAUGUUCCUCCUCAUGAGCCCCCGGCAGCUCUUUGAGCACUUCAAGGAUGACUAUGAGAUCCAUGACAUCAGCUGGAGCGAGGAGAAGGCGGGUGCCAUCCUGGAGGCCUGGCAGAGGAAAUUCGUGGAGCUGGCGCAAGACUCCAUCCCACCCAACACCACGCAGAGCGUCCAUGCUUUCUCCACCACCACACUCAAUGACAUCAUGAAGUCCUUCUCCGACGUCAGCGCUAUCCGGGUGGCUGGGGGCUACCUCCUCAUGCUGGCCUACGCCUGCGUCACCAUGCUGCGGUGGGACUGCUCCAAGUCCCAAGGGGCUGUGGGCCUGGCCGGGGUCCUGCUUGUGGCUCUCUCCGUGGCCUCUGGCCUGGGGCUUUGCUCACUGCUGGGCAUCUCCUUCAAUGCAGCCACCACCCAGGUCCUGCCCUUCCUGGCCCUUGGCAUCGGUGUGGAUGACAUGUUCCUCUUGGCUCAUGCCUUCACUGAGGCCAGCCAGCACGUCCCCUUCAAGGAGCGGACGGGCGAGUGCCUGAAGCGCACAGGGACCAGUGUGGCUCUCACCUCCAUCAGCAACAUGAUCGCCUUCUUCAUGGCAGCCCUGGUGCCCAUCCCUGCCUUGCGUGCCUUCUCCCUCCAGGCUGCGGUGGUUGUGGUGUUCAACUUUGCCAUGGUGCUGUUCGUCUUCCCUGCCAUCCUGAGCCUGGACCUGCACCGCCGGGAGAAACGCCGGCUUGACAUCCUCUGUUGCUUCUACAGCCCUUGCUCCUCCCGGGUCAUCCAGAUCCAACCCCAGGAGCUCGCUGACGCCAACGACAACCAUGCCUGCCACCCCUCCCCUUAUGGGCACCCUGGUGUGGCCACCAGCACCCAGAUCACCACCACUGUGCAAGCCUUCACCCGGUGUGACCCCUCAGGCCACCAUGUCGUCACCGUCCUGCCGCCCACCUCCCAGGUGUGCACCUCACCCGCCGUCCUCCUGCCCCCCACUGAUCCCCUGGGCUCGCAGGUCUUCACCCCAUCCAGCUCCACCCGGGACCUGCUGUCCCAGCUGGACGAGGCCAAGGGCGGGCGGGAGUGCGUCCCCUUGCCCUUCUGCCGCUGGAGCCUUGCUGACUUUGCCCGAGAGAAGUACGCCCCGCUCCUCCUGCGGACCCGGACUAAGGCGGUGGUGGCAGUGCUGUUCCUG